AUGAAGCUUCGAAUAUUAUGUCUCGCUUUGGUAUUACUAGCCGUCGAAGCCAAUGCAGCGAAGCCAGCAAAGAAUACAACAAUUCCAUCACUAAUAGUUUUUGGAGAUUCAAUAAUGGAUACUGGUAACAACAAUAAUCUUCCCACUAUGCUAAAAUGCAACUUCCCUCCUUACGGCAAAGACUAUCCUGGAGGUUUAGCCACUGGAAGAUUUUCUGAUGGAAGAGUUCCCUCUGAUCUAAUUGCUGAAAAGUUGGGAUUGGCAAAGACAUUGCCAGCUUAUAUGAAUAAAAAUUUGAAGCCUGAAGACCUUCUUAAAGGUAUAACAUUUGCGUCCGGAGGAACUGGUUACGAUCCAUUAACGGCUAAAAUUAUGAAAGUGAUAUCGGUGUGGGAUCAACUGACAUAUUUCAAACAAUAUAUAGCAACGAUCAAGAAACAUUUUGGAGAAGAAAAAGCUCAAAAUAUCUUGGACAACAGUUUUUUUGUCGUGGUUUCUAGUAGCAAUGACCUUGCUCACACUUAUUUAGCUCAAUCUUUUAGCUACAGUCGUACAUCCUAUGCAAAUUUCUUAGCUGACUCAGCUGUCAAGUUCGUAAGAGAAUUACAUAAACUUGGAGCAAAGAAAAUUGGAGUGUUUAGUGCAGUACCUGUUGGGUGUGUACCACUUCAAAGAACGGUGUUCGGAGGUAUAUUUACAAGAGGAUGCAAUCAACCUUUAAACAAUAUGGCAAAACAAUUCAACGCAAGGCUUUCUCCAGCACUGGAUGCUUUAGAUAAAGAGUUGGAUGGUGUUAUCCUUUACAUUGAUGUUUAUGAUACUCUUUACGACAUGAUCCAACACCCUAAAAAAUACGGUUUUGAAGUAGCGGACAGAGGAUGUUGUGGUACCGGUGCUCUUUCAAUAUCGUAUAUGUGUAACUCACUACAUCCGUUCACAUGUUCUAACUCUUCGUCCUAUAUAUUCUGGGAUAGCUACCAUCCAACUGAAAGAGCUUAUCAAGUUAUUGUUGACAGCUUACUUGAAAAAUAUUUAAGCAAACUCGUUUGA